AUGUUCAAAGAAGAAGGUGUAUCAAAAAGUGAAUCUUAUCAAAAAUAUACAUGUGAAGCUUUAGAUUUUAAAGGUGAAGCAGUAGCAUUUAAAGCAACAUCAUCUGGAAUCUUAGAAAUUUUAAGACAUUGUAUUGAAGUUAUGAAUCAAAGAGAGACAGCAUGGGAAUCUAUGCUGGAGAAAGAAAUAAAUAACCGAAAAGAUUUAGAAGAAGUAGUGCGAACAUUAUCUCUAGUCGAUGGGCUCACAGAUCAAGAAAGAGCCCAAGUACUUUCUGGAGCUGAUUUAACUGAACAUUCUACUUUGGCGGAGGAUGAAUUUUAUGAUGCUGUUGAAUCAUCCAAUGAUAAUUCUGCUGAGGAUGCCAAACAAAGAAAAGAUCAGUUAUUACAGUGUACUAAAAAUAAUGUUCAAACAACUGAGACCAAUUGGGGUGAGCUGGUUAGAGCUGCUGCCACAAAUGCUUCUUUGAAACAUAAAUAUUGGCCAGAAAUUGAACGAGUAGUUGCCGAACAAAUUAGAUCAGCUCGAAUGGGUCUCGGCAAAGGAGCUUGGCAAUUAUUUGUCGAAGACGGAGAAAUGAAGAUGUACCGAAGAGAAGUUGAAGAAGACGGAUUAGUUGUUGAUCCUCUGAAAGCAACUCAUCAAGUGAAAGGAAUCACUGGCCGAGAAUUAUGUCAUUACUUUUUUUAUCCUGAAUACAGAUAUGAUUGGGAAGGUACAUUAGAAACAAUGAAUGUUGUUGACAAAAUUGCUGAAGACACAAUAUUAUUCCAUCAGAUACACAAACGUAUUUGGCCUGCAGCACAACGUGAUGCUACAUUUUGGUCACAUCUUACCCAUGUUCCUGAUGAAGAGAAUAAGUCUGAAGACAGCCCUCAUAUAUGGGCAACUGUCAACAGUUCAGUAGAAUUACCAUCACAUCCUCCUAAUGGAGGUAAACAAGUUCGUAUUUAUCUGACCAUUAUUCUUAUGGGUCAAACAAUCAUAUCUCCUGCAGCAAAGGGUCGUGAGAUAAAACGAGAUGAUAUUACAUGUAAAAUUACCUAUUGUGCUGUUGUGAAUCCAGGCGGUUGGGCACCAUCUUCUGUUCUCAGGGCUGUAUACAAACGAGAGUAUCCAAAAUUCUUGAAACGUUUCACUGCUUAUGUGUUGGAAAAAACAAAAAACUUGCCAAUUAAACUUUAAAAUAACAUAAUGAUCAUAUCAUUGAAUCUUUUUGUUCUGUAUAAAUUGGUUAAAUUCUUUAUCUAUUUAAUUAUUGUUAUUACUAGUAAUGUUUUUCCAUUUUUGCUUUCAUUGUGUUGUUUGGUAUAUUUGUAUACAUAAUAUGCUGUGUAUAAUAUGUUAAAGAUGAACCUGGAAUUUAUAGUAGACUAUUAUUUUAUUAAUAAAUUAUUGUAAGUAUAUUAUGUUGUGGCUUCCACAUUAUACCAUAAACC